GCUGAGAUUUUGGAGAGAUGGAACUAGAGGGUUUCAGGCGAUGUUUUAGCGGUCUCCUCGCCUGAUUGGACAUUGGAAAGAUGAUGUCAGACGACCGCAUGCGCCCCGGAUUGGAGAGAGCGGAGUAAACAAAGCCGCGAGGAGGAGGAGAGGUCUCCACAUCUCCAGACAGUCCGACCGACACGCCGAAUCCUACUUCACGCACAGGAGAGGGCGGCCCCGGCGGCGUGUGCUCGUCUGCUAAAGGCUAAAAGUAACAACGACUGUACCACUUUAACGUGUGACUCGCUAAAAAAAGACUUUUGGAAAAGCUAAAGGGAAACUUAACCAUUGUCUUUUAAUCCGGACGCUGUGCGGUUUUCUCGUUUGAGUGACAGACUUAUUACCUAACUGAGCGCGCAACUGUUCGAAAGUAUCGAGGGGAUCACACGUAUACGAGCUGCAAUAUUAUUGCGGCUCUGUGCGCGAACGCAAUUUCGAGAAAUAAAAUUAGUGAAGCUAACUCAGCGCAGACGCGCACCGGCUACACCAGCCGGCCGUUUGGAGACAGCCUGAGUCCUUUGAAUCAGGCUUCAUAGCCAGAGCAUGCUCUUAUGAUUGGAAGACAGAAAGAAAGUGAGAAAUUAAAAGCGAAAAAGACAUUUGGGACACUUUGAGGCGUGUUUGUGGGAACGUCUGCCUCUCACGUCCAGGUGUCCCGCCGAGCGGUGCGGAGUCUCCAGCUCAGGCCGGGAGCGCUGACAUGCUGCCCAAAGUCGAGACUGAAUCCCUGGGACUCUCUCGAUCGUAUGGGGAACAAGGGCUCAUGCCAAGGAACAUGCAAGCACCCCAGUUAAAAAUGAUGGACUACUCUUAUGACGAAGACUUGGACGAGAUGUGUCCCGUGUGCGGAGACAAGGUUUCAGGAUAUCACUACGGACUUCUGACCUGCGAGAGCUGCAAGGGCUUCUUCAAGCGCACCGUCCAGAACAACAAGCGCUACACAUGUAUAGAGAACCAGAGCUGCCAGAUUGACAAGACCCAGAGGAAGCGUUGCCCGUACUGCCGCUUCCAAAAGUGCCUCACCGUCGGCAUGAAGCUCGAAGCUGUGCGGGCAGACCGCAUGCGUGGCGGUCGCAACAAGUUCGGCCCGAUGUACAAACGUGACCGGGCCCUCAAGCAGCAGAAGAAGGCGCUCAUCCGAGCCAACGGCCUGAAGAUUGAGGCCAUGACCCAGGUGAUGCAAGCCGUGCCCACCGACCUCACCAUCUCCUCAGCCAUCCAGAACAUCCACUCUGCUGCAUCCAAGGGCCUCCCACUGAGCCACCACGCCGGCCACCACACUGGUCAUCACCACCACCACCACCACCACCACCAUCACAGCACUGCCCUGCCCCCCACAGACUACGACCGCAGCCCAUUUGUCACUUCGCCGGUCAGCAUGGCGAUGCCACCACAUGCUGGCAGCCUGCAGGGCUACCAGACAGCCUAUGGACAUUUCCAGGGUACGCGCACCAUCAAGUCCGAGUACCCAGACCCGUACACCAGCUCGCCAGAGUCCAUCAUGGGCUACGCCUACGUCGAUGCCUACCAGUCAGGCUCGCCACCUAGCUUCCCUCACCUGAUCGUAGAGCUGCUUAAGUGUGAGCCAGACGAGCCGCAGGUUCAGGCCAAGAUCCUGGCCUACCUGCAACAGGAGCAGGCCAGCCGAGGCAAACACGAGAAGCUCAACACCUUUGGCCUCAUGUGCAAGAUGGCCGACCAGACACUCUUUUCCAUUGUGGAGUGGGCACGCAGCAGCAUCUUCUUCCGUGAACUCAAGGUGGAUGACCAGAUGAAGCUGCUGCAGAACUGUUGGAGUGAACUCCUCAUCCUCGAUCAUGUCUUCCGGCAGGUGGUGCAUGCUAAGGAGGGCUCCAUCCUAUUGGUCACUGGCCAGCAGGUGGACUACGCAGUGAUUGCAUCACAGGCGGGAGCCACCCUCAACAACUUACUGAGCCACGCCCAAGAACUGGUGGCCAAGCUCCGCUCCCUGCAGCUGGAUCAACGGGAGUUUGUCUGCCUUAAGUUCCUGGUCCUAUUCAGCCUGGAUGUGAAGAACCUGGAGAACUUCCACCUGGUAGAAAGCGUACAGGAGCAGGUCAACGCGGCGCUGCUGGACUACGUCAUGUGUAACUACCCGCAGCAAACGGACAAGUUUGGCCAGCUGCUCCUCCGGCUGCCGGAGAUCCGAGCCAUCAGCCUGCAGGCCGAAGAAUACCUUUACUACAAACACCUGAAUGGCGACGUACCCUGCAACAACCUGCUCAUUGAGAUGCUACACGCAAAGAGAGCUUAGGAACGGACUGAGCCAGCCACAAUGCAGCUGUACAGACAUCCUGAGAGUUUUUCUUCAGCCUAAAAACUCCAAAUAAUGCUUUCACCAAACUGAACCUCCAGCUCAGACUCGGCUGUGCAAUGUGCACACACAAAGAAGAACAUAUGGAUCCCUUUAUUAUUUAAAAAAAAAAAAAAGAAAAAAAAAGAAGAGCCGCUUCUCCUCAACUACACAAAGACAAUAUUGAAAGGAAAAAAGAAAAAACACUUGAAACUCACACUGCAUUUGACGCUACGAGACGGGAUGUGAUCGUCUGCACUAGCACGGACUAUCGAGAACGGCAGGCUGCAACUUUAAGAAUUAACAACCCUUGAGUGUUUUAGAGCUGGUGACACUGUGGGAGGCUUUUUGUGCUGAGAAAGGAAGCCGAGUAACACCGCCCAUCUUUCAGACAGUUCUGUGACCAGACCAGGGCGGUUUAUUUUGGUUCGACGGUCCUGUGACGCGCUCUCUCGCUCAAACCUGCUGGUACUGUAAAAGACAAACGGACGAGCAGUCAACCAGGCCAGAGACUCUUACCUGCUGUCACAUUUGGUUUUCAAACUCACAUAAGAUGCCUAACACAGCAGCUUGACCUGACUGAAAAGGGACAGUCAAAAAUUGACAGUCAAAAAAUUAAAGGUCUAAAAAAAAAAAAAAAAAAACAAAACAAAAACAAAAGGAACAUUCUUUAAUGAACAAAAUGAUGAAUGGGUUAACAAGAAGAAAAGCAAGAUUUUUUUUUUUCUCUUGUAAUGGAAGUCAUUCGCUUCUCAUGGUUACCUUGUGAUUCCCCUUUCUUAUUUCACCUCCCCUGCAUCAUCUUAAACUAUGUACCUCAGAAAGACCAGUGUUAAAUAAAUUCAAUGAAUAAUGUCAGCUGAAACAAUUGUAUUUAUAGCCCUUUUUUCCACCCUCCCCCCACCAAAAAAAAAAAAAAAAACACCAUCCCUUUUUAUUAUUUCAUUACAGCUGGAACAAAAACAAAAGUGUGAUUCUGGAGAUGGAGAAGGAUCGACCCUGCCUUUGUCCAGAAAGACCAAAGCCUGCUGCAGAACAAAAGAAGGAAAUUACAGAAACCUUAAUAAUCAGUAUUAUUAUAAGAGAAAAAAAAAAAAUUGAUGUCACAGUUAUGUGAGUCUUGCCUUAUUUCAUUACCAUGCUAGCUAACCGUGCAGAUGUGAAUGGAAAUAUGUACAAAUAUAUAUAUAAAGUAUUAAUGUUGUAAAAAUUAAAAAAAAAAAAAAAAGAAUAAUUCAACAGGUGUUUACAUUCAUGUGGUCAUAAGGGAGAGAACUGUGAUGAAGCAUAAAUUGCAAAGCAAUGAUUUCCUAAAAAAUGAAAUCAACAAAAUGAAAAAAAAAAGAAGAAAAAAAAAAGAUCCCUCUGGUUCGCUUUCUUUGGUGUGUGUACAGUGUUUUAUUUUUUAUUUGUUUUGAGUAGUACUUAAAUUAUGUCGUGAGACACUAAAAUCAAAAAGGAAUCACACUUAAAAUAUUAAUUUCUUUCUGUCUGCUGGCAUUCAAACAUUUGUUUCUUAAGCAUUUCUGUACAAGGUUUCCGUUUCACUUUCGACUUUUUUUUUUUUUUUUUGUCCAGUUUUGUUCCCUUUUUUUUUUAUUUACAAUGCUUUUACCUUUUUGAUGUACAGUAUGUCACUGGUUACGCUUAAUAAUGAAGAUAAUUUAUUGCGUCUCUGGGUUUCCAUCUAUGUGUUACAUGACGUGAGGUGUCCGCGCCAGAAUAAAUUUUGUUUACUGUA